AUGAUUAGGGCAGGACUAGUGGGAAAGAAAGUUCCAUCUUACGACUCUCGAUGGGACGAGAAGGGACACACCAUGAUCUCUCAUAUAUUCGUUUCUUUCAGCGAAUUCAUUACAUGUGUUCAGUUUGGCUACUUGAAGGAUGGAGCCCUAGUCUUGUCUGAAACGUUUGGUUUCUCUGAAGGAAGCUUUCGAACUGUGAAACUGGCUCAAGAUGAAUAUAUAACUGGAUUGAGUGGCGUUGUGGAAAAGAUGGGAGGAAUAAUAAAUUUGACGUUCCACACUAACCGUGGGAAGCACGGGCCUAUUGGACGUUCAAGCGAUGGUUGUGGUAGAAGCUGUUCCACGAUAGAGAUUGAUCCGGCAAUAAGUGAUAGAAGUGAGUUUAGUGGUUUCUUUGGGACUUACAAUAGUCACUACCUGUCAGCGAUUGGUAUCUACGUGAGUCCCACUCCAAUUACCGGCACGGUGGUUAAACGUGAAAACAACAAACCAAGCAACGCUCAAUAG